CUCUUACUGGAAUACUAUAUGAAGUAUGUCAGAUCCUAGAACUUGUUUGCUUGCUCUGAGCUGACAUGAACUUUUAUUGCCAGUUCUGAUAAACUUUCCUCUUUUUUUUUGGUUUGAAAAAGGUUCCGUUUUCACUUAUAGUAACUUAUAGCAGGAGAUGAGAUAUACAUAGAUAUACUUACUUACACCUCAUCACAAAAUGUUGAAAUUCACCUCCCUUGAUACCUUACCCGACGAAUUAGUUCUCCUCAUCCUUGAGUUCUCUACUUUACCCAACAACACUUUAGUUUGCAGGUGUCCCAAACGCCCAAGCCAUGACACUGCCAAAGCCUUGACACUGGUAUCCCGGCGUCUGAACCAGCUAGCCACGUCUUUCCUCUACCGCGACCUCACCUUUACUGUAUCGUCGUCCGCCGAGCUGCAUCGCACGGAUAUAUCACUCCGCCGCUAUUGUCGGCACUUGCUUAUUUGGGGCACCGAUCGUCCACUCCUCGCCACACCGGAAUGGGACCCGCUGAUCACAGAUGACUUCCUAACAGGCUGCGCGCGAGUCCGGUGUCUGACUGUGCGCGGGGGCUUUCAACGAUACCACAGCGAAACCUGGGACCUGAUCUCCCGUCUUCUAGCCAACACCCCGGACCUCAAGCACUUGCGUCUCGAGAAACACAACGAUGCUUUUGACCUCCCCACCGUGGUGAAAUACGUCCAAGGCUCGGCGCUCCAGCACCUAGCUCUCCACGGGAUCUCAAAAUCAGCAUCAGCCGAACCCCUUCUGGAUAGCGCGCAGGCCGGCACCGCCCCCUUCACCUCCCUAAUGCUCUCCGACUACGAGGAAGACGCCGACAGCACCGCCACCCUGAUCCGCUGGCCCGCGCACCUCCGGCACUUCAGCCUCGAGAGCCGGCCAACCGGGCGCCACAGCAUCACCCCCUCCAUGGUCGGCUCCUGGCUCUCCUCCCACCAAGACACGCUCGAAAGCCUGACGCUCGGCGCCCUGUCCGCCGCCUCCACCACGAGCCACCUGCCCGACGCAUCGCGCUUCCCGAAGCUGAGGGUGCUCGCGCUGUCGAAGUACUACUUCGCGCACCCGCUCGCCUACGACGAGGCGGAGGCGGCGAUGCUGCUCGCGCCAUGCCUCGAGAGCUUCACCUGGAACCUCAACGCGUACGCCGGCGCCGCCGAGUCGUGGGAUACCUUUGGCGAGCGCGAGGAGCUGUGGCUGCGGCAGUUUGCGACAGCGGCGUCGAAGACGGUGCCGCUGAAGUCGAUCCACGUGGUUUUUGGGCCGAACUUUUACUCGCCGGACGAGGAGACGGGGUUCCCGUGGGAUGGGCUGGGGAGGGUGGCGGGGUUUUGUAGAGGGUUGGGGAUCGAGGUUACGUAUACGGAGCCGCCGUUGAGUAAGGGGGAGUGGUUGGCGUCGAGGCGGGUGCUGGAGAAGGAGGAGGUGGUGAAGGCGUGAGGGUUGAGGGGAUGGCGGGGGGAGUGUGAUUUAGCGAGCAUGUUAUUUUUGUGCAAUGGCAUGAUUAGUUGAAAGGCGUAUUCGUACUAAGUGAAAAAUAUCUAUGGAUUUUAUAUCAGGUUACGCGGUAUGCUCGCGGGCAGUAUUGUGGGAUGAAAAAUAUAAUCUGGCAUACCAAGACUCGCAACAUAGGUACCUAGUACCUAGGCAGGUACCCCCUAUUUCGUGGAGUAUGGUAAGUCAAGCAUCUACUUCGUUAAUACACCUACUUUGUCUGUACCUAGGUAGGUAUAUAAAACUGCUUCCAAGUUUAUUAUGGGUUGAUGCGCAUUACCGUGGUUCAAAGUAUCACAGAUGGUGAAGCCCAGGUUUAGUGACGCCUUGCACCCGGGCAUGCGGGUUGAUUUGGAAUUACCUACCGGUCAAAAUAUUACGCCGAAAAUC